AUUUUAUGCAAAUAAAAAAAAUCACCGAUCUUUGGGCGCAACUACGAAAUGAGAGAGAAGUCAGUGAAGCUGAGCACACGUCAUCUGUCUCUUGUCAGCUAAAAUGAGUGUAAUUUAAAGUUUGGAACAUUUUAAGUGGUGUACAACUGACCAUAGCAAUCAAAAUUAGGGAGGCCACCUUCCUAGACCUCGUACAAAAAUGGCGGCAUCCCAAAGUUGUGGCGGUGUAAAAGCACACACCUUGAGGCUGCUAAGGUAAGGGGCGGAGAUAAGCAAAUUGUCGAUUUAAAUGCACAACGCACCGCAGGAAAGUGGCGAAUCUGCUCGAGUAUGGCGGUGUGUGGUGGUGACCAGAAUCAGAACUACCUGAACUGUUCGGUCUGUUUGGAGUUACUGAUAGAUCCAGUAACAAUACCAUGCGGACAUAGCUACUGCAUGAGUUGCAUCCAAAAAUACUGGGAUCAGGAGAACGCGCAGAAGAAACCAUGCAGCUGCCCGCAGUGCAGGGAAGUUUUCAGCCUCAGACCUGCAUUAAAGAAAUGUACGGCUUUGGCUGACGCUGUCAGCAACAGAAAUACACUCUCCCCUCCGGUCCAUUACUUUAGAGGAGUCGCUGACGAGUACUGUGAUUUCUGCACCUCUGUGAAACGAAAGGCCGUUCGUUCAUGCUUAACAUGCUUGGCGUCCUACUGCGAGACGCACGUGAGAGGUCACUAUGAGUUCCGCGCGCUGCAGAGGCACGAGCUGGUGCCUUCCUCGUGCUUGCAGGACAAGAUAUGCAAGAGUCAUAAUAAACUGCUCGAGGUGUUUUGCGUCGACGACAAGUGCUGCAUUUGUAUUCUGUGUAUGAUAGACCGUCACUGUGGCCACAAAACCACAUCUGCCGCCGAAGCAUGGAAAAAACAAAAGACAUUGUUGUCUGUGAUGCAACUCAAAUCCAAACAACAAAUAAAGGUUCAUGAGUUGGAGCUACUGACACUAAGUAAGGCAGUCACACAUUUCAGUAACUCUGCCCAGGCAGUGCUGAACUUGAGUGACAAGUUCCGCAACACAAUAGUUGAGGCCUGUGAAAAAAUGUUUUCUAAAAUCAAUGAGCUCGUCCGAAGACGGGAGUCGAUAGAGCUGAUGCGAGCAACAGCGCUACAGAACCAUACUGGAAACAAGCUGGCAGCUUUGAAGAUAAGAGAUGCUGAACUCUGUGAACUUGGACAGACGGAGGAUUAUAUUUACUUUCUUCAGAAAUUUCAAGCUUUGACCACUUCAGGGCCAGACAUCUUGGGUUUUGUGAAAGAGCAGCCCUCUUUUGACCUGCUCAGCAUUGAGUCUACUUUAUCUGAGCAGAAAAAAUCGCUUGAGGAACUCUUUCAGAAGAAUAUUGAGAUGUUUUCAGAGACUGCCAAACAAGUAAAGAUAGUGCUUCCUGCAGAACCCAUGCUCCGAGGAGACUUCAGAGAUUAUGUUUCCAAGUUGAAAUUCCACAUUGAUUCUGCUCACUACGACCUCAAGAUAUCCCAUGAUGGCCAAAAAGUCGAAGGAUACGACUGCUACGUCCCAUUCCGUAGCGGUAAUCCAGAGCAGUUCACCUAUUGGAAGCAGGUUCUCUGUGUCGAGGAGGUGAAAAGUCGCAGUUACUGGGAAGCUCUGUGGAGCGGUACAGGUGUUCAUUUUGCGGUGUCUUACAACAGCAUCGUCAGAAAAGAUGGUGGUAAUAAUAGCAGAUUUGGGUACAACAAGCUGUCCUGGAGCUUAGCGUGCUUCAAUCACGAAUGCUAUUUCAUUCACAAUGGUGUUAAAACCGACAUCCUAUCUCCGAAAUGUUCAAGAAUUGGAGUUUAUGUGGAUGUAAAGGCUGGCUCACUUAGUUUCUAUUGCAUUUCAGACAGUGAAGCAAUGAAGCUCCUUCAUAAAGAAUGCACUGUUUUCAGUGAGCCACUGUAUGCAGGGUUCACACUCGUGAGCAGGUCAUCUGUAACACUGUGCUCUUGAGUCUUCAAAUGUAUGCCUUGACUCUAGUUUGUUGGUCACAUAGCAAGGGGAUCUUUCUGACUGCAGAUUAUAAGUAUAAAAUAGAAUUUAAGAAUUUAUGUUCUGAAUUUACAAAGAUACUUCACAUUUGGCUUGUUACAUACUGUAAACCCAGUCACAUUUUUUUUUCUAAAGAUAUUGAAGAUUCCAUUUAGUGUUUAAGUUACGUUCCAUGCAUAUUAACGUGUG